AUGCACGCGUUUGCCGUGUUUGAUCUUCAUUGCAGGCACUGCGGGCCAGUCGUCGUGGAAGGACGCAAGUCGUGCAGAGGACGCCGUUCGCUUCUUCAGGCCUCUCACCGUCAGCACCGUACCAAAGUCCGGUCCUCUGCUGGAACGGUGUCGUGUACAACUGUGCAUUCAUUGUCCGAAGAAGCUGCACCAAUCCAGUGCAAGUCUACACCUCCCGCUUGCCAUCUCAACUUCCGUGCCUCACAUAUACAGCCGUUUCACGUUGAUCUGACACCAGCAGAUCUGUAUCUGCCACGCACUCCCCUCGUUUCGCACGGCCGCAGGAUCGACAAAGAGGUCGCUCGGACGGGCGUCCCACUUCCCCAGGAACACGUUAAGCGGUCAAGCUCGCGUCCCAGCAUUAUUGUACUAUGGUAUCUAGGCGAAAGUAGAGUCCCAUGGCCAGUGCAAUGUGAAGGAAAAGCAGAGGCUUGGCAAGUCCGACUUCCGAGCUUUUCUUGA